AUGAGUGUACGAACAUAUAAUCCAUCAGUCAGAGUUGGCAACUGGAACGAAGAUAUAUGUCUUAAAGAGGUAUGUCAUAUUUUUAUCAAUGAGGAAAUAGAUGGAUGGUGUCUGGUGAUAGAGCUAUCCAAUAUAUUAAAAUAUAGUUUAGAUUCCCUCCUGUAUUAACAAUGGACCAACGAGAUAAAGCUCUUACUGGAUAUAAUACCUAGGAAGAAAAGCUUUGCAGAACUGAUACAGAUGCUUAGAAAUAAAAUUUAGAAACCACAUUCAUGCAGACAGUGAGACAGCAAGCUUUUGUGCUCAUGAACUUUGCUACACAUUCUUCUUUUAGGAUAUGCUUAAAGAUUUUCUUGACAAAAAGGAAAAUGGUGAACUUCUGAUUCAAAAAACGCACAGUUUACAUAAAACCAUUCUUAACAAG